GGCGCCCGCCCUCCGGCCAUGGCGGACGAGGAGAGGACGGUGGUCCGCAGCGCGGGGGGCUUCGCCCUGGGCCUGGCUCUGUCCGCGGCCUACGGGCUCCUGGCCCUGCUGGUCCAGGGCCACCAGCCCUGGGGCUGCUUCGUGGUCUCCGUCACCUUGGCGGCCUUCCUGGGGAUGGGCAUGGCCUUCUCCCGCCCCGUCCGGGCCACCGUGCUCCUGCUGCUGCCCCAGGCCUUCUCCAGGCAGGGCCGCGCGGUGCUGCUGGUGGCGGCCUUCGGGCUGGUGGUGCAGGGCCCGUGCGCCAACGCCCUGAAGAACUUCCGGCGCGCCGGGGAGGCGGUGGCCUGCGGAGCCGAGCUCGCCCUCAACCAGACCCGACGGCUCGUCGACCAAGCGCGCCUGCCUCUCCUCGAUGCCCUGCAGAAGAUCAAGGCCGUGGCCCAGAAGUCCAAGGUGGUGGCCGACCGCAUCCGCCGUUUCUUCCGGGCCAUCAUGGACGGCGUCCAGCACGUGGCCCGGGCGCUGCGCAACGUCUGGUACUGGUUGCGGCACAUCGGGGAGGUGUGCAAUAAGGAGCUGGGCGAGCCCUACCGGAAGUGCGCCCGCGUCUUCGACGGCGCCCAGGACAACUGUCUGCGCGCCCUGCCCGUCCUCUUCUUCCUCUGCUACGUGCUGGUGCCCUUCAAGGUGGUCCUCUGCGGGCUGGCCAAUGUGGCCCAGUUGUUCUGCCUCCUCCCGCGAUACAUCCAACCUUUCCUGCAGCGAACCGUCGGCAUCCCCGUCCUCGACGUCGUCGGCCGCGUCCGCCGCCAGUUUGAGUUCAACGUGAGCGUCGGCCACCGCUUCCGCGUCGACCUCAACUCUUCGCGCAGCCUGUCGCAGGUGGCCUUCGACCUCCAGGAGGCCGUGGCCCUCAAGCUGCACCCGCUGCAAGAGGCCCUGGCCACGUUCAGCUACACCUCCAGCCUGGUGCUGGCCUACCUCUACGUCCAGGCCCUGCUCUACCGGCACCGCUACCUCCGCCACGACGACUUCGACAACAUCUACAUCAGCCGCCGCUUCCUGCGCAUGGACGCGCUGCGCGCCCGCCUGGGGCUGCCCACCGUGCUGCCCCUCAGCGGCGCCGAGAGCUCCAGAUACAUCCUGCCCGGGUCCCCGUUCCUGACGCGGCUGGAGCGUCUGCGCUACACGGCUUCGCUCUUCAACCUGUUCCGCCACGUGCUGCUGGUGCUGCUGCUGGUGGCCCUGGACUAUGCCAUCUUCUGGCUCCUCGACCUGGCGCGAUUCCACCUGCAGGGCGAGAUCGUGGCCCGCAGCCCGGUGGUGGCGACGGUGACGGUGGAGGGGAGCGGCUACACGGGCGAGAUCUACCGGGACCUCGUGUCGGCCUUCGAGGCCCUGCAACGGGGCAACGUCAGCGUCCUGUCGAAGCGCUGCCUUCUCCGGCCGUCCGAGCCCGACUACACCGGCUACUCCCUCAUCGGCCUCAUGUACGGCGUCUGCUUCUGCAUCACCCUGGUGGGUUCCUACGUGGGACGGCUCCGGAGGGUCAUCUGUGCCUCCUAUUACCCCUCGCGGGAGCAGGAGCGGAUCAUAUACCUGUACAACCUGCUGUUGGCGCGUCGAAGCCGGCUCCCGGCGGUGCUGUUCCGGGCGGCCCGGCGGCGCUCGGCCGACCAGGGCCAGACCGGCGUCCUCUUCGUGCUCAUGGCCAAAUUUCCUCGUCUGGCCCGGUUGCUGCGGCCCCUCCGGCUGCAGCGGGCCUGCUGUCUGGCCUGCGGGAGACCCCGACCCGACGGGGCCGGGGAGAACUUCGUGGCCUGCAGCACCCCGGGCUGCCGUGGCCUCUUCUGCCCCGAGUGCUUUCGGCUGCUGGACAACUGCUGCUCCGUGUGCUCAGCCCCGCUCAUCGUCCAGGGGGGCCUGGACCUGGAGCUGGACUCGAGCGACGAGGAGCCGGUCAACCUGUGGCGAGCGGCGGCCCGCGGCCUGGAGGGCGAACGCAGGCGGCUGCUGCGGAGGAAGGUGCGGGACUUUCUGCGCAACGCUGGAACCCACUCCCUCCGCCUCGGCUCCAGCAGCAGCAGCAGCAGCAGCAGCAGCAGCGAGGAGGGUCCCGGGGGCGACACGGGCACCCCCCGCGACGGGGCCCGGCCCGUCUUCGUCCCCUUCCCCCCCUUCUCCUUCGCCGCCCCCUCCCCGCCCUAAAGAAGGCACCGGACGCCGCUCCUUUACCGAAUCUUAAAUUAUUAUUCCCACAA